CUGAAAUUGCCGAGCGAUGGGCUUAUCCGGUAUCUUUUUCACGCCGUAACUUUCCUGAUCAAAGUUUACGUGCCUUCGGGUACCGCGAUUGUGGAUACAAUCUUCGAUUCGAAUACUUUUGCAGACAUUCGAAGGUACCAUAUUUCUUCAACAUUUUUGCAAAAGACGAAAACGAAUGCACUUAACACAUAAAGAAAAGAACCGGCUACAAUUUUUCCCUCGUCUUACGCCCUCUUCCAUCUGAUGAGUAGAAAUUAAUGCGGGGUCGUAUUCUAACGGAAACAGUCAUCCACUUAGCUUUAGACGUGUUUGAUGUCAGGUAGCGCACUAUGAUCGACUCUUGUUGUUCUCUCAUGAUUUCAAGUCAUUCACUCCUCAUUAUUGACAGCGCCGUUGUCAAUGGUCUGCUGACCGAAGGAUGGCGCAAAGGUGCCUGGGCAGUGCAAUUAUUUUACGGACGUCGGCCUUCGGAUAUGACAGGAGGAAAAUCCCUACUCAUGCAGCUCGUGAAAGAGUUCUUACUAGGCUGAUUAUGUACGUUGUCUUUGAAAGUAGCCUUGCUGCACUUUCGGACACAGUCUCUAUGGGCAUCAUGAAAGAUGUUAAGAAACUUACUAGCUAGGCCUCGAAGAUUCUUGAGCAUGAGCACGUCGAGUAGGCAUUCUCCUGUCAUAUCGCAAUCAGCUGUGACAUUCAAUGAAGAGCAAGUGGCGCAGGAAGUUUGGGACGGUUUUGUGCAUCUAUGGGACGAAGUACUGGACAAGAGAACGCUCGCCGACAUAGCCGCGCCACUGAGCCUCUUAUUAAGGCGCAACAUUAAACUCGACUGAAAAUCCAUGGUCGGAAGAUGUUUUACUAAUCCAUGGUCGUCAUCCGGAUCAAGAAUUCAGUGCUAGAAAAAUGCAAAAAUCUGUAGAUUAUAACCAUGAGGUAAGUGAUCUUCGAGCUUGAUGUUUGCGGACCAAGUGGAAAUUGCACUAGCAGAGACAUAAGCAUUUCUCUGACUAAAACUAUGCUUUUGUUUUCGUUUCCCGUUUUUCUUUUUCCUCAGGAAUUACGCUGGCAUAUCUCUAAUUGUCGAUGCCGACGUGGCAUCACCGGAUCAGGUCAAGCACACAUGGCGCAAGAAGAUUGAGUUGCUGUGUGGGGGAGUUGUCAGUGGCAUGCUCGCGAGAACAGAAGGGCGACUCAAUUUUCGACAGAUUUUAGGGCAACUUCGAUCCGAUCGCGUUGGCCGCCACGACCGCAUAGACAGCGUAGAGAAACUUUUUUCCAUGGUGGCGCGCGGUUUCUCUUCCCAGGACCCGGCCGGCUCCUCACUAAGCGUGAUCGCCAAUUAAGGCUCGUGAAGAUGUCUCGCAGCGCAUUUGUUCACUGCGUACUCCUGUACUAGUAAACUAUAAGAUAAAGAUUAGCUGUCUAGAUCCUUGUUGGAAAAGUAGCUGGGCGAAGUAAUUGAUGUAUAUAUAAGUUUCGCUUUGACGCAGUUCUAAGUUUAAGUGAUGCUACUCCGGAAUCUGCGUGCCUUGGAUCUGCCUACACUCUUUCCUCACGAGAAAGAGAGUGACGGAGGCGUGCUCCUAAGCGAGUUGAGAGCGCUUGUCGAGGUCAAUGCGAUAUUCUUAGACAAAAUCUAUGUAGGGUCGCAGGCUGCACAGGCAGAGCGUGAUGUCCCUGAGAUUCGCAAAUUGGAUCACUUUUUGCAGAAGUACAUUGCCGACAAGCUUUGAGUUAGCGGCGUGCAGACUAUACGCGGGGUGAUUGACGGCUUGGAGAAGUUACUAGUCGAGCAGUGGCUCGGGCAUCUCGUGGCUACGACGG